UGGAUAUUUAUUCGGCCGAGGACCACUUCACACACGGUGACUGAAUUCAACAUGGCUAUAACAGCUGAUCACAUCCGGGAUAAACUUGUCAAGGAGCUCGCGGCAGUGCACGUGGAAGUGGAGGAUACAUCACCCAACAGAUGUGCUGCUAGCUACAAAGUCCUGGUGGUAUCACCCCAGUUUGAGGGCAAACCACUGUUACAGAGACACAGGAUGGUGAAUUCGUGCUUAGCCGAGGAGCUGAAACAGAUCCAUGCGUUUGAACAGAAGACCCUCACACCAGAACAGUGGGAGAAACAGAAGUCACAGUGACACACACACAUCACCCUCACAUCAGUGUAGAAUUUCUGCUAUAAAACAAGCCUUACACUUCUCUGAUAUGUAGACCGCAGACACAUGCAUGUGUUUCAUUUCUGUAAUAUGGAUAUAAAUGCAAUGGAAUGUUCCGGUGGCAAUAAAACACAUUGAUGCUA